AUGUUAGGACACGCCCCGUAUCAUCCUCAGCAGCCUCCGCCUCCGCCGACCCAAUCUCCCCAGACGGCGGCACCGACAACGAUAAAUCCUGCAGACUCAAAUGCCAUCAACCCCCAGCCCCCUCCUCAACAGCAGCCCCCCGCCGCUUUUCAAUCCGUCCUCCGCUUACGCGACGACCCGCCCCCCGUAACAAAUCCCGCGCCCUCUCGCUCCCGAAAGCGCAAGACUCCUCCAUCUGCACAUCCCGACUCCCAGCAACCGACCCACGGCCCUCCACCACCCCCAGGUCCGCCCAUCCCGCCCCCGGGCAUGCAUCAUCCUCCAGGCAUGCUCCUACCCCCGCCUCACGCCCUCGUUCCCCCACCACAUCUUGGAGGCCCCCCUAUCCCCCAUGGGUACCAGUACCCCCCUACAGACUACUCUCCUGGCGGGAUGCCACCCCCGCCACCUCCACUACCCCUUCAGGAUGGCCAGUCGUCCCCGGGCGGGUCGUCCGGCAGAACGCUGAGCCAAAGUAAACGCGCAGAACAAAACAGAAAGGCUCAGCGUGCCUUUCGCGAGCGGCGGGACCAGCAUGUCAAGGCCCUCGAGUCGCGUUCACAGCUGCUGGACGCGGCGCUCGCAUCCGCGGACGAGGCGAAUCGCCGCUGGGAGGAGUGUCGGGCGCUCGUAGACAGCCUCCGCGUCGAGAAUGGGACCGCGCGAGGGCAUAUGGCCGUCUUGCAGAGAGAUAACGCGGCAUUGCGAGCUGCGCUUGCAGGUACAGGGAUAGAUGUCGACUCUGUAUUGGCCUCGGCGGCGACGGCCAAUCCGGAUCCGUCUCUGAUAGAGGAAGGGCAAAACGGUGUCCAGCAUAAUGGGGGCAACGUUGGUCCUCCCGCCCUUGUUAAAUACUACCUCGUAUUGUACAACGUGUUUUCUGCAAUAGGAUGGUCCUACGUCCUCGUUCUGACUGUCGCACACCUGUCUGGCCUCGACGAAUCCUCGCGGACACCGCCUGCCUCGAGCCUCUCCUCACUGCUGGCGCAAUACCUCCCCAUUAUCCCCCGCCUCACCGGCGCGACGCACCACCUUGAACGGCACGUCUCAGCCUCCCUGAUCCCACUCUUCCGUCGCGCGUGCACGUCCUAUGCUGCUGUUGGGCCCCAGACGGCGGUCGUACAGACCUUUGCAGUCCUGGAAGUCCUGCACUCGCUGUUCGGAUGGGUGAGGAGUCCCCUGGGAACGACCAUGGCUCAGGUAGCGAGCAGGCUGUACCUGGUUUGGGGCAUCACGGCUUUGUUCCCUCAGACUCGCUUCCACCCCCUCUAUGCAUCCAUGGUGUUCUCGUGGUCCGUCACUGAGGUCGUCCGCUACACAUUUUACGCGUUCUCGCUCCUUGGGUCCGAGCCGCAUGUGUUGCUAUGGCUGCGCUACACUCUCUUCUACAUCUUGUAUCCCACAGGUGCAGGCUCCGAAGCAGGGCUCAUCUACGCGUCUCUUCCGUCCAUGCCUCCAUCGAUACCGUUUCUGUCUUCCGACUGGUACGGCUGGGUUCUCCCCCUCUCGUGGCCGCUCUCGACGCCAAGGUGGAUAGAAACGCUGCACGACGACCUGCGCUGCAUCAUGUUCAUGGUUUGGUGGGUCGGGUUGUACGUGUUGUACACGUACAUGAUCAAGCAGCGGCGAAAGGUCCUGGGUGCAGGAGCAGGACGGCGGCUUGGAGGAAAGUCCAAGACACAAUAA